CAACACCCCGAGCCUGCGACCGCGAACGACCUCGCCGGAAGCGCCGCAUCUUCUCCAAGUUUGCUGAUCCCCUCUUCAGAACCCGAGGUGCGAAGACUGACAAAUUGUGUUUGUGGAUCAAUUGACCACCUGUCUGUGGGUUGCAAAUCUGGACAGAGCCUUCCGAAGUUUGACAGUCAUUAUCUUCUCAGCAAUACAUUUCCGGACAAGAUGCCAAAAAUAAAGAACCUGUCUGAUGCAUGUAAAGUAUCAUUUUCUCCAGAUGGACCCAUAUCUGAAGAAGCACUCGAGAAAGUUCGUGCACUGUUAGAUGAGAUCAGACCUUUAGAUCUUGGCCUAGAUAACGAAGCACAAAUUGCACGUACUUGGAAUAGUUCUGCGCGUCAACAGAACGGGAGACGAGGGCGUGGUGGGCCUAAUCAGAACGCGUCCCCAAUCAAAUAUCUGCACAUUCAUGAAUCUGAUAGUUUCUCUAUGGGUAUAUUUUGUAUGCCGCCGUCAUCAGUUAUUCCUCUUCACAAUCAUCCAGCAAUGACUGUGCUGAGCAAGCUUCUAUAUGGCAAGCUGCAGGCUGAAUCUUACGACUGGAUCGAUGUAGCUGAUCCAACUGACCCGUUAAAGCCAAGACCAGCAAGGUGUGUAAGAGAUCGUGAAAUGACUGCGCCAGAGACAACCAUUCUUUAUCCUGAUCGAGGUGGUAACAUCCACACUUUCAGAGCCAUCACACCUUGUGCACUCUUUGACGUUCUUACUCCACCAUAUUCUGCUGAGAAGGGGAGAGACUGUUCAUACUUCCGGAAGUCUUCAGUGAAGGAACCACCUGUUGUUUUGCCAAGUGAAAUAGAUAGCUCAGAAGUAGUCUGGUUGGAGGAAUUGGAGGACCAUCAGCCUCCAGAGGGAUUUGUUGUUGCUAGAGGUCUGUAUAAAGGCCCUGUGAUAAGGAGAUAGUUAGGUUUAUACCACUUUUGCACAUGGAUCACGAAUCAGUUGAGGAUGCAGUGCAGGCUCCUAGUAUCAGUUGUAUGUGUGUUUAGGAGAGCAAGCAUCAUCCAGUCGACAUGCCGCUUGGGAUUUACAGUGUACACGACCUGAUCUGGAUGAAUGAAUAGCGGUGUUUCUUCCAUUUUACUUGUAAUGCUGCUGGUCUGUGAUGUAGUUACGUGGCUCUAUCAUACUUCUUUUGAGACGAGGAGAGUUCUUGUCAUGUUGUAUUAGGUAGAACAAGUGGCUUGAGCUUCUCACCUAAUGAUUAUUCAAGAAAAAAGAUUUGGUGUGGUGGACCUAUUAGUCCAUCUCAUUAUGUAAACAGUUGCAUAAAUAUUCUUUGGGAUAAAACCGUUUGUGUCCUUGCAAAAAACUGACAAUGCGGUGUCCACUCUGAUAA